GGAGGGAGGAUCGGGCGAGGGGGCAGCCGGCCGCGCUGUGUCUGGGGGAGGGGGGGAAUGCCUGCCCCCCCCGGCCAGCCCGCAAACCCACGCCUCCGCGCCGUCGUCUCCGCGCAACGACCGGACUAUCGGUUGCCCCGGUACCCGAGCCCCUGACGCCCCCUCCCCCCCGGGGUCCCAUUGGCGGCGGCUCCCGCUGCCCCCCCCCCCCGACCCCCGCUGCCGGACUCGGGUCCGCCUGGAUGACGUAACAAUCGCACCGCCCGCCCGCCGAACGGAGCUCGGGUCCUUCGAUGACGUAGCAAUCGCACCCCCGCCGCCCGAACGUCUCCCGGCCGGAGCUCGGGUCCUUCGAUGACGUGACAAUCGAGACAGUCCCGCACCCGCACCGAGAGCUUUGACGUCACCGCAGCGGAGGGAGCUCCGGCUUUGAUGACGACACGGUCGAGCCCCGUCCCCGCCGCCGCCUCAGCUCGGGAGUUGAUGACGUAAGGGCCCCCGUGCCGGAGCGCGAGCCGCCGGUGCUCCAACGCCCCCCCCCCCGGGUCAGAGCGACGAUGCUGUCCGAGGUGCAGCCAUGCCUGCAGCUGCUCCGCAUCGGCACCGCGCCUCAGCCGAGCCCCGGGGCAGGGCCGGCCUCGCCCCGUGAUCUCUACACCUUCCUGCCGGCCGGUCAGCGUUGCACCUUCCGCCUGGGCCGCCAGGCCGACCUGACCGACCUGCGCCUGAGCUCGGGCCGGGCUGAGGAGCUCAUCUCCCGGGUGCACGCCGAGCUGCAGGCCGAGAGGGGCCCGGCCGGCGACUGGACGGUGCACAUCGUGGACAGGAGCACCAACGGUACUUUUGUGAAUGACGUUCGCAUACCCAAAGGCCAAAGGACAGAGCUUGCAGAUGGAGAUACAGUCACAUUUGGCCAUCCAGAUGCUGUGAACAUCCCAGAGGGUUGUGUGGCGAGUCAACAGGACUCAGAGUUCUAUUUCCUAUUCCAAAAGGUCAGCGUCCGUCCAGCGGACUUUGACGCCAUAACAAUUCCCAAGGUUCAGGAGCAAUGUGGAUUCCGACCUGUUUGUUCUACGGACAAGUGCAUCUCUCCCCAAGGAGCCAGGAUCCGGAGCUUCACUGAAGCGCCAGCUGCUUCCCGGGCAACAUUGAUUCUGAACUCCAUUGGAAGCAUCAGCAAGCUAAAGUCGCAACUUUCCGUAUUUCAGACUGAACGGGGAGACAGAAGCCAGUGUGGUGAUACAAAGGGAGUUCUGGGAAAAUUUCAGCAGUUCUCCUUGGAUAGCUACCGUUCAGGUAACAAUACAGCCUCUACUCCAGCCCAAAAGAAGCCAUGUGAUCGGCCGGUAACCAAGCACAGGCGGAAGACAGUUCACACUGUCCUUCCAGACCUUGAGCUGGAGGAGGAAAUACAACGGUUUUCAGUAGAGGUGCAACAAAGUGCUACCAACCGUCGGCACUGCAAGUCCGAAUCUGAUGUGGACCCAGAUCUGUACCGACAGUUGACUUUGGGUGUUCGGGAACUGUCGCCAGAACCAAAGCCUACUUUCAAGAAGCAUAAAUUGGAGCACAAUGCUCAUAUUCUCCGACAUUCAAUGGAAAAUACCCACAUCACUCCCACUGGAAAGAAGCGAGGGCGACCCAGGAAGCAUCCUUUAGGCAACGUUCCACUUGGUUCAAAAGUCACAUGUAAAGUCUUCACCCAUACGCUGUAUGCUGCAGAACAGUGUGCUGCUGAGCAGUGCCAAUUGCCACAGGAAGAUACUGUAGAGUGGGUGCAAUGUGACGAUUGUGAUGCAUGGUAUCACAUGGCUUGUGUUGGAUGCAACUACAUUGCUAUGAAAGAAGCAUCAGCGGAGUUCCAUUGUGGCUGCACGUAACUGUCACUUUCUUGGUAUGGUUAGGGUUUGUCUUAAAGCUUUAAGCUUGAGUGAAGAUGUCAGUGAUUUGUAAAGUCCACUGGCUACUUAGCCACCGUUUAAUUCCUGAGAUUCAAUUGAACUUUAGAUUUUAAAAGGCCAUGUGUUCUUGCAUUUAAACGACUUCAUUUGUGAAGUGCUGGGAAUAUUAUGGCAACUGGUAAGUGGGACCAAUCGGGUGAAUUGAAAUGUUACAUUUAUUAUUUCAGUUUCACUGAAGGGAAUACUAUUAUUUCUGUUUCCCGUUGUGGUUCUGCCACUGCUACAAAACCAGUAUUGCAGCCUUAAAGCAGCAGCAUGAACUUUAGACUUUGCAAAAUGCCUGAAAAUCUGGUUAUUUUUUUCUUUGGCAGAAACACCCUCAACUUCUCAUUUUGCAAAAUUCUAUUUUCAUGCCACCUGUAAAACGCCAGGAUUAACUUUCUGAAUACUUAGUAUAACAACUUUAUAAAUAAGUGGGGGAGCAGGCUUUAUUUUUAAUGUAUUUAGACCAUUAAGGAAUAAUCCUUUGCUUUCAUCAAUAAGUACAUUGCAGAGGAAAGAACUGGAGGCUUCAACAAUUUGGAUGCAAUCUGACAAUUUAGCUAAUUGCAGCAUAGUGUCUCUGCGUUGAUAUCAGUGCAGUUUACCACGAAGAGGAGAAAAUCCAUCCGGAUUACUAUUGUUGAUUGUUGUCCAGUAGUUUUACAUCAGAAAUUAUCAUGUAGGUGCUGUGUGAAAACUGCUGAUGUUCCCUUCAUAACAAAUACCAAGUUCCCAAUGCAGAAAUGCAUGAAAAGUCUGAAUCUUGGUUGAAGCUACACCUGACAGUGACUGGUACUUGUGGAACUGUUCCUUUCAGUCAGGAUUAUAAUUGUAACAUCAAACUGCUAUUCUGUCUUGUAGCAGGAGCUUGUGUAAAAGUUAUAUUUGGCUGGCUGUACUUGGGUAUUCAGGGUUUGAGUAAGGAGGCAAAGGAACAGAUAUUUGCUUCAACUGAACUGAGGAGCAGGAAUAGCGUGGUUGGACCUAAUAUCUUGCAUCAGUUCAGUACAGCCAGCGACUCCUCUUGCAGACCAGGCUCCCGUCUCAGGAAGGAAAGUUGUAUUUAUGUUGUGCAUUUUCUGAUCCUUGAUGUGUUUUCACAGCCAAUGAAAUACUUCUUAAGGGUAGUCAUGUUACUAAAAAUAGGCAAACUCAAUUUGCUUGCUGGAAGUUGCAUUCAUUAUAGCUCUCGACCAGUUCUGUGUUUCUUACUUGACUGCCCUCUGAUUUAUCAUGGAAAGCCAAUGUAUUGGACAGUUGAAUAGAUGGUGUGUACCAGUUCUUCAGUUCUGGUUGGCUGAAUGAGAAUUGGGAAUAUGCAUUUAGUACUAGAAAGAAUGGUGGGAGAUGGUAGCAGAGACUGUUAUUUGCUGACCUUAAAAAAUGUGAAUAAUAAAAGUGGCAUUAAUCCUUUCGGAUUUUCUCUGUCAAAAUCUGAAGAGUUAAUUUUAUGCAGAGCAUUAUUUCAAAAUAACUUGGGGCAGUAACAUUACUGUACCACCAACAGCAAUGAUACUGCAUAUGUGAUUAACAAUAAUAUGAAAAGAGACAAAUCAUUGAGCAGUUAGGACCUAAGUACAGCAUUUGAAGCAAGAAAUAAGUGGACCUGUCUGUUUUUGAUCACCCUAAAGUGCAGCCCUUGCAACAGUUCUGUACGUGGUUUGAAUAAGUGAGUGUGAUCAUGUGCUGGAUCCAGAAUCUAAGGUCGAAAUGAACAAUUGUUUUGCAGGUACUUAAACCAUUACAACUAAUGCCAUGAAAAUGAUCUUUGUGCUAGGUGUAUGGAUUACAUAAAAUAGUGCACAUGCGACAGCUUGAGAUAGUAGUCUUACUUUAAGGCUACAAAAUGAGAAAGAGUGGAAGAAUCAUUAUUUCAAAUUUAUGAAAGCCUGACCUUGACAUGCUGAUGUACCCCAUAAUUACUCUGUGAUCCAUUUUCUGGCACUGAUCAAGCUUCACCAGAGCAUUCAUUGAACAUAUUUCUUCAAUUUCUUUCAAGUAAAUGAAUGACUCAAAUCAAUUCACAUUUCCUGUUUUACGUUGGCAACAUUUGGUUUAAAUGAAUAUAUCGUGUACCUUUGCUGAUCCAUUUCUCUCAUACUGUUGACCUUGCCUGCCAUUAGCCAGGUUCAUCUUUCCUAAGUAGAUCAGUAAAUAUAAUUUCAGACAAUUUUGGAAAAAAAUUAAAGCAGGAUGUUCUUUAAAAAGUCAUGUCCCCUUUUAAUACAAAGGGUAACCUGUAUACUGAAUUAGAGCUACCCCAGAUAGUAUUUCUGACUUCCCAACCAAUGUGGAUCUCUGUUCAGAGAUCGAAGAUUGUUCGUUUCCUUAUUUGCUGUGUUCCUGCUCCCACCCCUCAUCAAUUUUUCCUUCACCUUGUGACAUCGUCAUCUCUAUAAAAAUUUGAUUUCAUAAUGGGGGAGUUGACCUUAGUGGGCAGGAGAGAUGCAGGUGUUUGAAUCUAUGAACACAGCUCCCUCAUUGUGUCUGUGGUGAAGGUGGCAUGUAAUUGAGUUGACAGACUACAAUGUACAAUGGUCAAUUCCUAGUCAUAAUCUGGUACAGGAAGGUGAAAAUAACAGGUUUUGUCUGUACUCCUGAUUGCUUGCCAGUGACUUCUAUAAUCCAUAAAAUCUUUUGUGGUAGAUUGUGUUGUCCCUUUUGAGCAAAUAGUAUUCAGAUUCUUCCUUGACUUCAUUGAGUUGUCUUAAUGCUCUGCAUUUGGUACUCUGUAUGUGGGGGUGCUGCUAUUUUGUAUCUUAACAAUAAACCAAACACAAGCAGGAUGUACAUUCAAAGAACAAACUUAAGCUAAACUACAUUCUGAUUUACAAUAUUUUGGCACGAAAAGCAUUAACCUGGCACUUGUGGCCUAUUUAAAAAAUAAAUCAGUGGCUUUAUAAAUGAGGGACAUAGUGUACAAAAGUCUAAACCUUUCUAAGUCAGCAUUUAGGACGCAGAAUUCUGUUUAAUCCUGGACACAUUUUGGGAAGGAUUUCAAAGUCUUGAAGUUGCACAGAAGCUUAGCUCUAGACCCUCAUUUUAGUACUUUGACCAAAGGAGGUUUAGAGGAAAUGAAGUGGUCCAAAUUGGGUGAGUGUACGUGUAUAUAGGGUGAAACUUUCCACGACUGCAGAAAGAUUGGUUUGCAAUUGAAUAGCAUUUCAUGCCCUCUGAUCAUCUCAAAGCACCUUGGAGCUAAUGAAGUACUUCAGAUGUGUAGUCCCUGAUGUAAUGUAAUCACAGGAAACAGAUUUGAAUCAACUAGAAAAAGAAACAGCUGAGUUUUUUUUAUAAAGAAGUGAUUUCUUGUGAUUUGAAAUGCACUGACUGAUAAAGGUGGUGGUCUCGUAUUCCUUGGUAAUCUUAAAGGUAAUCUGAUAUUUACCUGAUGUGGAUUAGGGAACAGCAAAGCUACAGGGGUAGACUAAGGCAGUCAAUCUAAUUGGAAGCUCCACCUAUGAGCUGGCAGAUAAAAUGGGACAAAUUGUGACCACCUAUUAUAUAAUGAGUAUCUUCUAUUUUUUUUAAGUUAGCAGUGAUUAGAUAUAGCUUGCUCAUUUUGUAUUCCUUUCCCUUGUCCAAGUCGGGAGCACUUAAUUGUAGAUUUUGUUGAAUUAUUUAUUUUAAUGAAACAAACAUAUGUUCCCACAUUCAUCAAAUCUUAUGUUUGUUCACUUCUAUGUUGAUGUCAAUGCCUGAAUUUUCAAUUGGGUAUUAAAUACUCUGGAUUGGGGAAUUACAUUACAGGCAAAUUGGCAAGUAGGUUAUAAAUUGCAUUGAUGUAAUAUUUUCUUCACCCACCCCAACAUUAAAAAAAAAUUUGUGCAGAAUCUUAACAAAAUUAAUACUUUUCUCCAUCUAUUGAUAGCAGGGAAAUUGCAGAAUGGGUAGGCGGCUGACUUCAUUUGCUUCAAAGUGAUCAUGCGAGAGAUUGAGUUUCUGUAUCUUGCCCUUUUCCUGCUGUGACAUGAUUGAAUUCUCAUUACUUAACUGCCUCUGUAUGAUACUGUUAUGAGCAAAAUUCCAAUGUGUGUGUCAGUUGAAGCAAAUUCUUCAUGAACCAAGUGUUGAAUUUGUCUGCUUUUUUAAGAAGGAUUAAGGAUCAGCAUUGAAUCAACAGGUUAUUAACUUUGAUUUAAAACUGACUUGGUAAUAGUAAAUCAAAUAUGGGACAGGUUAUCUUCAACACUACAGUGUGCUGGUUAUUAAAGUUUGUGUGUUUUGCACAUUGACCUGUCGGCAUUGAGCUGAUUACGGGUUAGAGAUUACUUUUGCUAUAAAUAACUUGGUGAAAUUAGAGGAUAAAUGAGGGCAUGGAGUAAAUUCAUCUGUUUUUCAAUGUUAUAAUAAGUGCUGCAGUAAGAUCCAAAUGCAGUGGAUUGCACUCAUUGGAAUAUGACAUGAGUAUUUCUCAUCAGGAUUACAUUGGGUAAACUUAUUCAGAUAAUUGUGUGUAGAUAAUUUCCAUUUGUGAAUGUGAAACUGUCAACAUAAGCACUCUCCCCACAACUUUGAUUGGACUCUUGAUCUGUAUUUAUAUGGUAGUCCCAGCUGGGAUGGUGAUAAGAGGCUCAGAGUUGGCUUUAAUAGCCUUGGAUAAGGUUUUUGCUGCCGAUUCCUAUUCCCACACACUUCAACUGGAAUGGAAAUCUAACUUAACUGUGAUCAAACACAUUGGCAGUAGCAGCUAAUUGACAUUAGGUGUAAAUCCAUCUGCACAAUAUUGUACCAUACACAAUACAAGCAAACAAUGAAGGGUUAAAUCCUAGAUCUUGCCUUUUCUCAGGUUCCCCAGAAUGGCAUCAUGAAGCAGAAUGGUGAUUAAAAUCAAAACCUAGCAACAGGUCCCAGUAGAUAAAGUACCCAAUAAGAUUACUUAUAUCUAAAAGUAAUAAGUCCAAGUUCAGGCUUUGAGUACAGUGAUUCAGAUUGAUGUAAGCCCUGGACAGUGUUUUGAGCAGCAAUUACAAUAAUCAAAUCUGCUUUGUGCAAAUCUUGUUUUUUAAUGCUUCUCUUCCUAAGUUUAUCACAAACCCUUUUAGACUCGAGUCUUUGAUUACUUUUUCUAUUUUCUAUUUGAAAGGGGAUUAUGGUAUCUUGGGUGGUUUUGUUUAUGCAAUUAUGUCUGAUGUUCACAAAAUCCAGGAUAUAACCAAAAAAAAUCAGCUAUGUAUCAAAUAAUCCGCAUAAAGCAUAUUGUAUAUUGAAGGUGUAAUAUUAGACAUGCAUUUUGUAAAUUGCACUGGAUUUUACUGUCUAAAUUGAUUUGGUUCUGGACUUUUUGCAUUGAAGAAAUCAUUUUCAUCAUUACAACUAUCUUAUUGCUUGUUUCUCUGAUUUGUAGAAAGAUUCUUGCCAAUAUCACUGCCAAUAUUAAAUAAAUUAAACUGCAAAAAGCUUUAUAUUU